CACUUAUCGGGAUGCAAACAGUGACUUUUCACUUGAAAAUAUGGAAAAUCAGUGAUUCAAUCGAAUCACGGCGCGGAGUGUAGUCCACCCUGACUGUACUGUCAGUACGAAAUAGGAACCCAGUGCUAAUGUCAUACAAGUAUCGACAUUCAACACACGAGAUCGGUCCGGUUGAGAAAAAACAUGUUUUCCACAAGCAUGGCAACUGGCGUUGAUGUCAACCAAUCAAAGCCAGAUAGACUAAUUCCUGGGGUCAGAUAUCACAGAAGAAUGAAGUUUAAGUGACAAUCAAAAAGGAAGAUUGUAAUUGCAUAGCUAUGUAUGUGUUACCAUGGUAACCAGAGGAAAGUAUCCAACCACAUAGAAUCUUGUGUCAGAUGGUCAUGUGCAAAGCUACUUCCCUGACAACAUAAAACGAACACAGUAAUCAUUGGCAGCAGAUCAGCAAAGGAUCAAACAGUUGCAUGGAAAGUGAAGGACAUGAUGUCUUUACUUCAACUUGAGAAACAUCUCCAAGGCUCAGUGAAUGCUAUGAAGUGACUGUCGGGCCUGGUUGCAUGAGGCUGGAGUACCAUCAUGAGCAGUGCUGAGGCAGCUAUCACCUUCCUCCUUAACGCUCAGUCAGGAGACAUGGAGGGCGUGUGUCGGUACCUGGAUGCUGGGGGGGAUCCUAACUUCACAGCACCGCCGAGAAAUAUGACAGCAUUGUUGAUGGCAGUGAAAGAAGGCCACAGAGACAUUGUGAAAGAGUUGCUGAGGCGAGGGGCAGACGUCAACUGUAGAUCCCAGCGAGGUGUGACGUGUGUCCACACAGUGGCUAUGGUGGGGGAUGAGGAGAUGCUGGACCUGCUGCUGGAGUAUGGCCUGAAGAUCGACUCUGUCAUGUCAAUGCUGCAUACAAAGUAUACGCCCCUGUAUCUGGCCGCCCAGCAGAACCACUACAAGGUGAUUGAGAAGCUACUGCUGCACGGAGCAGACCCUCUCUGGGAGAUGGAGGUCCCCAUGGAUGAUGCAUCACCAUGCUUGGCUCAGUGUAGGAUGAAGGCUUCUGACAUAGCUAUGGUGUUGGGUAAUGCAGAGGCUCUCAGUGUGUUCAUCUUCUGGUGCCAUCGACUUGGCCCAUUCGCACCUGACAGAGUGGACGAGCUGUUGAACCACACGCCAAGUACGUCUGCCACGCUCCGUAGCAGCAUCAUGGACAAGCUGGAGAACCUGGCCACCAUGGCACAGAAGCAGGAGAUGGACGGCUUCAACGAGCUGCCAGAUUUACCUCUCAAAGACUUCAUUAAGGCUGCAGAAGCUGGCCAAACUGAUAAGAUGGCUUCCUUCUCCAGCAACCAAGAUGUCAAUGCUACCACACCAGUGGGUCUGUCGGCCCUGCACUUGGCUUGUCUCCGUGGAAACAUGAACAGUGUCCACUUCCUACUGAACCACGGAGCUCGCGUCAACAUCAAGACAGAGGCUGGCUUCACCCCCUUGUACUUUGCUGCCCAUGAGGGCCAGGAGGACAUCGUCCGGCUGCUGCUGAAGGCGGGAGCAGAUCCAUGUCUGUCAGUGAAGUGUGGGAUGACUCCCCUUGGCAUUGCUCUCAGUAUGGAACACGUCGUCGUCAUAGAAACCAUCUUGUCCCUGUGUCCUGCAGCGCCCCCUUUAGCCAACAUCGACAGUGACUACCUGGACACCAAGCCAGAUGAGAUGUUGCUGCGGGCGGCCUACAGUGGGGACUUGGAUCAAGUGAAGAUGUGCAUAGACGAGCUGGGCUUUGACCCCAACAAAGUCACCAGUAUCCAAGGAGCCAAGGCUAUUCACCUGGUGUGCAUGAAAGGACACACGGCCAUCCUGAAUGAACUGCUCAGUCGAAAUGCAAGCAUCCACUACAAGUCAAAGCGUGGUAUAGACCCGGUGCACUGUGCUGCGAGGCACGGCCAUGUUGAUAUCCUCGGGAUUCUGCUGAAUCAUGGUGCCUGCAUCAACAACCAGUCCGAGGAUGGCAUGACUCCAUUGUACAUUGCCUGUCUGGAGAACCAAGCAGCGUUCAUUGAAACAUUGCUUCUUCAUGGAGCAGAUCCUGAUAUAGCUAUCAAAGGUGACUUCAUCUGUGCUGAUGUUGCUGUGCAGGAGCGGUGUGUAGCUGCCCUCAACACCCUGCUGAUGUGGUGUAACAGACUGGGACCCUUCACACCGUCAGGACAGAAAAUGAAUUAUGUGGAAGAAAUUGCAGAGAAGGUCCAGUCGAAGAUAUUGACAGCUAUUGGUGAAGUUUCCCUCUCACAGCAGAUGGAGGAGUUUGACAGUAUCAGAAAGCUGAGUUCCGAUGUCCAUAGACUCAUCCUUGAGGAGGCUCGCAAGGGCAACACUAACUUCCUUCACACGCAGCUCUUGCAGCUCAACACGCCUGUACCAGCUGCAAGACAGCUGACCCCUCUCCACUGUGCCAGCUUCGCAGGUCAUGCAGACACAGUUGACUUCCUGGUCCAUGCCGGUGUUGACCUUGACAAACAAACCAAGGCAGGAUUUUCUGCCCUGUAUCUGGCUUGCCAACAAGGACAAGUGGACGUUGUUGAGAUGCUGCUGAGGGUGGGGGCGGACCCAACUCUACAUUCACAGCUGGGACUCACGCCCCUAGGCAUCUCCAUGUACACCAAACAACACCAUGUGAUGGAAGCCAUCUUGUCCAACACACCCGGCACACAGCCCAUCAGCCAUAGCGGGACCUUCUUCCAGAAGAGGGAGCGUGUCAAAAGGGAGAAGAGGACUUUCUGUGUUAUCGCUUAAUUCUUGAGCUCUGUCCAAUCUUGUGUUGAAUGAAUGUGUUGGAAAAUAUGUGCGAAAUAUGUCUAUUUCAGUUA